CCACUGAAUAUCCCUUGCAAAGCAUUCUUCGGAUUCAGUGGAGAGUCCGGGCCAAUGAUCUACUGGAUGAAAGGGGAGAAGUUUAUUGAGGAACUGGCUGGUCACAUUAGAGAAGGUGAAAUAAGGCUCCUCAAAGAGCAUCUUGGAGAAAAAGAAGUCGAGUUGGCACUCAUUUUUGAUUCAGUGGUGGAGGCUGACCUGGCGAAUUACACCUGCCAUGUAGAAAACCGAAAUGGACGGAAACAUGCCAGUGUUCUGCUGCGUAAAAAGGAUUUAAUCUACAAAAUUGAGCUUGCAGGGGGCCUGGGAGCAAUCUUUCUCCUCCUUGUACUACUGGUCGUAACCUACAAAUGCUACAACAUUGAGUUGAUGCUCUUCUACCGACAGCGUUUUGGAGGUGAUGAAACUACUGAUGACAACAAGGAAUAUGAUGCCUAUCUCUCUUACACAAAAGUGGAUCAAGAUACUUUAGACUGUGACAAUCCUGAAGAAGAGCAGUUUGCUCUUGAAAUACUGCCAGAUGUCCUGGAAAAACACUAUGGAUAUAAACUCUUCAUCCCAGAAAGGGACCUGAUUCCAAGUGGAACAUACAUUGAAGAUCUCACAAGAUGUGUUGAACAAAGCAGAAGACUUAUUAUCGUGCUAACUCCAAACUAUAUUCUCAGAAGGGGAUGGAGUAUUUUCGAGCUGGAAAGCAGACUCCAUAACAUGCUAGUCAGUGGAGAAAUCAAAGUGAUUUUGAUUGAGUGUACAGAAUUAAAAGGGAAGGUGAAUUACCAGGAAGUGGAAUCACUAAAGCGCAGCAUCAAACUUCUGUCCCUGAUCAAGUGGAAGGGAUCCAAAAGCAGCAAAUUAAAUUCUACAUUUUGGAAGCACUUAGUAUAUGAAAUGCCCAUCAAGAAGAAAGAAAUGUUAUCUCAGUGUAAUGUUCUGGACUCUGCAGAGCAAGGACUUUUUGGAGAACUCCAGCCUGCACCCUCUAUUGCCUUGACCAGUACCUCAGCCACUCUGGUGUCAUCUCAAGCUGAUGUCACUGAUUUCCACCAUUCAGAUUCAAUGCAAAUGAGGCACUGUUGCAGAGGUUAUAAACACGAGAUGCCAGCUACCUCCUUGCCAGUACCUUCCUUAGCCAACCACCACACUUAUUGUAACCUGCCUCUGACACUACUCAAUGGACAGCUACCCCUUAAUGAUACCCUGAAAGAUACCCAGGAAUUUCAUAGAAACAGUUCCUUGCUGCCUUUAUCAUCCAAAGAGCUUAGCUUCACCAGUGAUAUUUGGUAGUGAAAAGCCUGAAUUGUUCUGAACAGCUAUAUGAACAUACAAAAUUUCUGCUAUACCAAGCAUAAACUGCGCCUAAUAACAUUGAGGUGCUGAAAAAGCAUUUGAAGAAAAAGGCACAGAAAUUGCUUUUGUACUUAAAUAUUCUUGUUUACGUUUCAAGAAUAGUGGGAGGAAAGAAGGAUAUGCUUUUGUAGUAUGGCACCUUGUUCUGAUGUACAGUUUUGAUUUCUUCCUGAAAAAAAUAAAUAAAUAAAUAAAGUCCUGUUAUUUUAGAGUAGGCUUUAUGAUACCACGGAUACUACAAAUUUGGUAGCAUCGUUGGAGUUUGAAUUUAAAUACAUAUUGACUGCAAGUGUCAGCUAUUGAAAAAAAAGUAAUACAACAGUAUUCACAGAUGAAGUGCUAAAUGAUUCAAGUCUACUAGUGGUAGAGCAGCAAUUGCAGAGAUUCUCAUCUACAAUAUAGUUGUGAAGCAGACUAUUCUAUAAAUACAUAGUAUCUGAUUGGCCAUGUGUGCAAGGCUUCUGCAGGAGUAUCUCUAUUCCCAGUGCUUCUAAGAGUAUGUUUAAUAGACUAAACUUCUUCACCCUCACAUAGUGACUAUGACUGUAUUAUACCAGAAAAUCCC